UAUGUAACUUAGUAUUGAUACCAAAUGUUGUAAGCUUCUGUUAAGUCUAGAGGUGGGAACAGACCUUCAGUUGCUUAGUAACUUUGACAGAAAUUGCGGAUUAAGAACUGUGCAUCUUCUCGCGCUCGGUUUUGAAAUUUCGUAAUUGUCGUCUGCUGUGGGUGUCGUCUUGGCAACACGGUCGCUCAGCAACAUUGGUUACGGCGCGCGUCGUUAGUCAGUUGUUAAUGCCCGCACGUGUUUGAGCUUAGUGCGCGAAAGUUAUUCGUCUUGAUUCUGUGAGUUAAGUUUUGUCACCGAAAUGGAUGAAGGGUACAAGGAAAACAGCGAGUUCUGCAACUAUCGGUCUCCGCUGUCUACUCGGUAUGCCUCGAAAGAAAUGCAGUAUAACUUCAGUGACAUGAAGAAAUUUUCUACCUGGAGGAAACUGUGGAUAUACCUCGCCAAGGCGGAGAAGGCGCUGGGGCUGCCGGUGACGGAGGAGCAGUUGGCCGAGCUGGAGGCGCACGUGUACCAGGUGGACCUGGCGGCAGCCGCUGCCGAGGAGAAGCUGACGCGCCAUGACGUCAUGGCGCACGUGCACGUGCUGGCCCAGCAGUGCCCCCUGGCGGCGCCCAUUAUACACCUGGGCGCCACCUCCUGCUACGUGGGCGAUAACACGGACUUGAUUAUAAUUCGCGAUGGUUUCAACAUUCUCCUGCCUAAAUUGGCUAACUGCAUUGAUAAACUUUCCAAGUUUGCUGCCGCAUACAAGGAUAUGCCUACACUUGGAUUUACACACAUGCAACCGGCGCAGUUAACAACUGUGGGGAAGCGAGCAUGCCUCUGGCUGCAGGACCUGCUAAUGGAUGAACGAGCUCUUUCCCGAGCCAGAGAUGACCUUCGCUUUCGUGGAGUCAAAGGCACAACUGGUACACAGGCUUCCUUCUUGCAGCUGUUCAAUGGUGACAGCAGAAAGGUCAAAGAACUUGACAAACUAGUAACUGAGAUGGCAGGAUUCUCCAGAUCAUUCAUAAUUUGUGGUCAGACAUACACAAGGAAGAUGGACACUGAGUGUGUAGCAACGCUGAGCAGCCUUGGUGCCUCUGUACAUAAGAUUUGCACUGACAUACGCUUGUUGGCAAAUAUGAAAGAACUGGAAGAGCCUUUUGAGCAGACACAAAUUGGUUCAAGUGCUAUGCCAUACAAACGCAAUCCGAUGCGUAGUGAACGUAGUUGCUCCAUAGCUCGCCACCUUAUGGCACUGUGCAAUAACACUCUCCAAACUGCUGCCACCCAGUGGAUGGAGAGGACACUUGAUGACUCAGCUAACAGGAGAAUUACAUUGGCUGAGGCUUUCCUGUCUGCUGAUAGUGUGCUGGUGACACUGCAAAAUGUUUUUGAAGGCCUGGUAGUGUAUCCAAAAGUUAUAGAAAGGCACAUUCGGCAAGAACUUCCUUUCAUGUGUGCAGAAAACAUCAUUAUGGCUAUGGUAAAAGCUGGCGGUGAUAGGCAGGUGUGCCAUGAAAAAAUUCGUGUUCUCUCACAUGAAGCUGGAGCACAAGUGAAACAAAAGGGUCUUGACAAUGAUUUGCUGGAGAGAAUACGUCGUGACCCAUACUUUUCUCCAAUUUUGUCUCAGCUGGAUGAUCUCCUAAACCCAUCAACUUUCAUUGGAAGAGCUCCAGAACAGGUUACUGAGUUUCUUGAGGAGGAAGUUCAACCAGUUCUUGAAAAAUAUAAAGGGAAACUAGGAAAAGCAGCAGUCCUGGAAAUAUAGUGAAUCAUGAACUGCAGAUUUCUUUAAAAAAAAAAAAAAAGACUUACAAAAGUUUGCUGAUAUCAUUUUAUUUUGAAGAUUCUGUAGUAAUACAAUUUGUAAACAAAUGCAUUAUUGUUCACCUACAGAUGUAUUGAGUCUUCGACAAGUAAUGCCAUAAUAAAGUGCUUUACUUUAAAUUCA